AUGGAGGUCGCGGCUGUUGUUUCAGGGUUAGAAAACUUCAGGCUCGUGAAGGCGACGGAAGGGGGCGAGCUCGUUCCGUGCUACGGCGCUAACGACCUGCAACCUCAUUUCCCGCUGGCAAUAUGGCACCCAUGUGGACACUUCGAAGCCGUGUUCCCCUGUCCUGUCCCAACGAAGGAGCCAACCGGAGCGAAAGAGUCUGGGGUGUUGAAUAAGCCUCCCGCAGCCAAGAAACCCGCCGCAGUGAAGGAGCCUCGCCUCGUCAACUGGCCUCCCGCAGCAAGGGAAGCCGCCGCAGCGAAGGAGUCUCGCGUGGUCAAGAAGCCUCCCGCAGCCAAGAAACCCGCCGCAGCGAAAGAGCCUCGCGUGGUCGAGAGGCCUCCCGCAGCCAAGAAAUCCGCCGCCGCCAAGGGAGGUGGAGACGGCUGGGAUAUUGUGGGCAAGAGUGGGCGCCCGAUGACCGCGUGUGGUGGUGGUCUUGUCUACGUGAAUGAGCGCGACAAAGGGAGCAGCGCCAUCGACAAGGUGUGCUCGGGCCUUUUGGCCAAGUUCGACACCGGCAACCCGUACACCACGCUGGAUUGGGGAGAGGAGGAGGAGGACGUGGGGGAAGGAGAGCGAGUAGUUGUGGAAACGGUUGAGGCAAUCGAGGAGACGGACGGAGCGCACGCGGGGUCGGGGGUGGAGAAUGUGGUGGAGACGGAGGAGACGAUGGAGGGACGCUCUACUGCUUCGCACAGGUUGCCUCGCAGGGGGAUCGAGAUGAUUCGCUCGGCGGUUUUGGCGGUUGUCAAUGGUUUGGGUGGCGUUGUCGACCGUAUCGCCACUGCUCUGUUCGGCCGCGUCGACCCCUUCGAAACGACGGGCAAGGCAAGCCCGGUUUAAUUUGCUCAGAGCUGUGUAAAUGUAAACGUGCUUGCUGCGUAGAAAAGGGUUCAGGCACUUUCAUGCUAUUCGAUAGAGAUGGGGGUGACUCGACAGAGGGAGAAAGCAACGGUGAAAAAUCCGGUGAUGAGGAUGACGUUUCGCCUGGUGUGGGCGGUUUGAACGGGGGCAUGUGUGUCGGUGGGUUUCGCGAGGCUGAUGUUGCAGAGUACGAGCAGCGCGAUCACAUGGAUUGGACCAGUCGGCGAGAGCAGUUGAUUGUAUCGCC